UGCUUGAUUAGUACAAUUCUUACCAUUCAUUCGCUAUUUCACUCUCACAAACGCUGACUGAUUCAGAAAAUAUAUAGAGAGAGACAGUUGGAGGAGCGAGAGAGAGAGGUGGUUGUGGUCCUCACACCCUUCUUCUCUCCAUCCGACCUUUAUAUUUACAUUUAUCUGAGUAUGUCUUGAGGUUCAUUCAUUUCUACCUAGACACUACAAUUCUCUCCGUCUCUCUCACUCACUCACUCUCUCUCUCUCUUCCACCAUCUUAGGAACCCAUAAUAAUGGAACAUCACAGGCGGUACGAGGCAAGGCCAUAUUCAGACUUGAAGAACAAGGCGGUGGAUAAGAAGGUGGAGGAAGAUGGAGAUGAUGGUGUGGAGGAAGAAGAGGGUGGUGGUGAAUUGGGGUUCGAAAUUGAUGAAAAGAAGAAGAAAAUAGUUUUUGUUGGUGGGUCUGGAAGGAGAGGGUCUGCCGCCGGCGGCGGUGGUGGUGGUGGUGGUGGUGGAGGAGGGGCGGCACUGCCGCGGUGUCAGGUAGAGAAGUGCGCCUCCGAUCUGACCGAUGCGAAGCGUUACCACCGCCGGCAUAAGGUCUGCGAGGUUCACGCCAAAGCUCCGGCUGUCGUUGUCGGCGGCCUCCGGCAGCGGUUCUGUCAGCAAUGCAGCAGGUUCCAUGAGCUAGCUGAGUUCGAUGACGCAAAGAAAAGUUGUCGCAAGCGUUUGGCCGGACACAAUGAACGUCGCCGGAAAAACUUAUCUGAGUCCCAAGGGGAGGGAUCGAGCCGCAGAGGUCUGGAUCAAUGCUGGCAGACUGAUGAAAGAGGUAGAGCUCAGAUAACGCUCCCAGGAAAUCCCUCUAUUAAACAUUUCCACAUCCGUUGAAACCUCCAUGCUUACUCUCUUCUGUCAUUCCACGGCAUGCCAAUGCUCAUGCCCAUGCCCAUGCCCUGUUUAUAAUAUCCUAUUCCGUCUAUUUAUGUUAAAAACAAGUACAGAAUUCCCGUCACUGUAAGCACCAUCCCUGCUACAUGUUUAUCUCCUAAUUGUGAUAGCUUGUGUAGACUACUGUAUCCACAUUAGGCCUUCCAAGUUUCGUGUUCUUCGAUAUUGUUGUUCUAUGUCUAUGUUGUUGUCCGCCAGCCGGUGUUGAAUUAGCCCCAGCACGGAUUGAUAUGUGACUUUCAGGAGCUGCCCACAAUGGUAUAACCUUUGAGUUAUACUCCUCUUAGCUUCUUAUGAUUGGAUGAGUCUCAAGUUGCUCUUAGUUUUAUGGUUGCUGCAUUCGAAAACAGAGUUAUUGUGCAGCUGGAUUAAUAAAUAAAUUCUAUCAGUUUGCCACAA